AAUUGUUCUUGUUUGACAGGAUAGAGGAGGGGCGCGAGAGGCUAGGAGGAGCGGCAGAGUUUCAGUGUGAAGCAGUGUGUCUACCCACCACCACCACUGUUCCAUCCCUCUGGCAAGUGCUUCAAAGCUGAUACCUGAUACGCUCAGUUGGUGGCGCUAGACAGUGUGGAAGAUCAUGUCUUGCCUGAACGGUGUGAAGCUACUGCUGGGAGUGUUGGGGGCUCUGUUGGCCUCCAUCUACUAUGCCCUUGAGUCACUCUUCAAAACCCUGGUGCCCAGGAAGUUCCGCAGGAAGGUCAUCGAGGGUCAGCUGGCCCUAGUGACAGGCGGUGGCUCGGGCAUCGGUCGUUUGCUGUGCCUGAAGCUGGCCGCCAGGGGUGCGAGGAUUGUCACCUGGGAUGUCAAUACAGUAGGUAACGAGGAAACUGUGCAGCAGGUGACAGCGGCCGGGGGUGAAUGUCAUGCUUACACCGUGGACUUGUGUGACCGCAAGGCCAUCUACGCUGCUGCAGCCAAGGUCAAGCAAGACGUCGGCAAGGUGGAUAUCCUUGUGAACAAUGCUGGUAUUGUGACUGGCAAGAGUUUCCUCCAUGUCCCGGAUGAUCUCAUCCAGAAGACCAUGGAUGUCAAUAUCAUGAGCCACUUCUGGACAACAAAAUCUUUCCUUGGAGAUAUGUUAUCUUCAAACAAAGGUCACAUUGUGACUAUUUCCUCUUUGGCUGGCAUGUCUGGUGUUAAUAAAUUGGCUGACUAUUGUGCCUCUAAGUUUGCUGCUGUUGGCUUUGAUGAAAGUCUUCGUCUUGAACUAAUGGUUGAUGGCUACACAGGAGUCAAGACUACAGUGGUCUGUCCCUACUUCAUCAGCACUGGUAUGUUUGAUGGGGUCAAGUCAAAACUCAUACCAAUCUUGAAGCCUGAAUUUGUAGCCUCUGAAACUGUUGAUGGGAUCCUUCUUAACACAGACAUUGUUAUUUUACCAUCCUUCUGCCGGUGUCUCAUCAUCCUGAAAUACUUCCUUCCACUAAAAGGUUGUUACCAGUUGUACAAAGCAUGUGGAUGUCACAUCUCAAUGGAUGACUUCCGUGGUCGGGGAAAAAAUAAUGUCCACCUCAAAAUGACGGAUGCUCAGGAGAAGCAAAUGACUGACAAGCAUAUCAUUGCUUGAAAAUAUGUGAAAACACUAGCACCCAGCAGGAUUUGAACUCAUAAAAUAAAGGCUAUCAAAAUUUAUGGGUUCUAAUUCAACUUUGUACUGGUACUAACAUUACACAUACACAUGCACACACACACACACACACACACACACACACACACACACACACACACACACACACACACACACACACACACACACACACACACACACACACACAUAUCCUUCCCCAAAUUUAUAUGUAUACACAAGAAGUGUAUACACAAGGAGUGUGUAUUACACAAAGUAAACUUAGUAGUGACUAGCGAAGAAGUGGGGUCAGGAUCUGCAAAAAAUUGACCCCUGCAACUACAUAUAGGUGAGUACAUAUUGGCAACUACAUACACACACACAGUAAACCCUUGAUAUAACAAACUACUAGGGGGGGUGUCCAUUAUAAAAAAUGUUGAUAAAUAUUGAAAGAGUUCACUAAUGUACUCUGACUCACAAAACUGUAAUAACACGAUUGCAAACAAACCACAGAACAGGUAGGGUUUGAACCAAUGGCAAGCAAGUCAUAAAACUCCAGGCUAGAGCAUUAGCCACUGGACCAGCUGGCUAACCUCCAUAUGGUGCUUAAAUAUACCUAGUUGGAUGAAUCUUAUUGUACCCAGGUGGUCCAGUGGCUUACACACUGACCUGGAGUUUUACCACUUACUUACCAUGGGUUCAAACUCCACCUGUUCCCUGGACACAAUUUACAGAAUUUUUUUUUUCAACACGUCAGCCAUCUCCAACCAAGGCAGGGUGAUCGAAAAAAGAAAGAAACACUCACCAUCAUUUAACAUUUUUGCCAUCAUUCACAUAAUACUAUUGCAAUAAACACUGAAAAUAAAGUAUUUAAAAGUACAAUUUAACCAUUGGACUCACAAAAUUGUAAUGACACAAUUGCAAACAAACCACUGUAUGGGUGGGGCUUGAACUCGCAGUCUCAGUAGUAUCAGUUACCAGUAGUAUCAGUUACCAGUAGUGUCAGUAGUAAUGACUCAUCCCACCGUUACUGAUUCAAUGCCUCCUGUGUGAAUCACUGACUGUUAUAUCACUGACCGUUACUGCUGACCUAGUACGAGCUCUCAGUAGUAUCAGUUACCAGUAGUGUCAGUAGUAAUGACUCUUCCAACCGUUACUGAUUCAAUGCCUCCUGCAUGAAUCACUGGCUGUUAUAUCACUGACCGUUACUGCUGGCCUAGUAUGACUUGAAUGCCGCUCGCCCUCCGAGGCACUCAGCAAGCUGGUUCAAGUAGAGGCGUUAGGGCAGAAGGCAGGUCAGGCUUGGCGCUCCCCAUAUAUUUCAUCUAAUGUACACUGGAACAUCCAAUGUGAGUGUUUAUUACCCAAUCCAUGUUCGAACCCCACACGACAGCGACAGUGCAUAAGCCACUGGUUUAUGCACUGGCCUGGAGUUUUACGACUCACUGCGAGUUUAAGCCAAAACCAUACAGUGUUUCUUUUUAUAAACAGUAGAUUUUGCCCAUAAUUGUAAAAGUACAUUAUAUAAAGGGUUUACUUAUGUAUAUAGUAUAUGUUUUCUUAACUCGCUGGCCAUCUCCCACCAAGACAGGGUGAAUCAAAAAAGAAACACCAUCAUUCACACUAUCACUGUAAAAGUUGUGAUAACUUUUAUUUAGGACUAACUGGCAAAUCUCUUGAGACCAUAGUUAAACAACAUAAAUAUACAAUGUCUAAAUGGACAAAAAUCCAGUGCUUUGUUUAUUCAUAUGAGGGAUACAGGCCAUUGUGUAGACUGAACUAAUGCUAAAGAAUACUUCCCUGUAAUUCUACAGUUCAGUGAAAUAUUGUGGCAUCAUCUUUUAUUAAGCAUGAUGCACAACAUUUCAAAUAUUUCAAAUUUAAGUUCUGGUAUUUAUAAACUUGACACUUAUAUAGUUCAAAAUAUUGUUCAUGAUCUUAAGAGGUAAAAAUAUUUUUCACAAAAGUACUGUGUAUUCUUUGUCAAAUGAAUAAUUUGACUUGAUGUUGGACAGAUGUAUGCAUGAGAUAGGAUCUUGUGAAGUGUUGUCACAUUUGAGAUCAUAUGCUGUUUUGAAUCAUGUAUACAUCAACACAUCCAUGUAACAUUCAUAUACAGUAUAUUAUGUAUUUUUUUUUAGAUACAGUGUCCUAAAAUGAUUUACAUAAUAUUCAGUUUUUAUCACCUGCACACUUUAUUCUCAAAGUGUUAUUUUUUAGCUUUACAUUAAUAAUUCAGUUGCUGCUGCACAUGUAUGUUAGAAGUUUUCUUUAAGUAGAAUAGUAACUAGACAUGUAUACAGUGGACCCCCGCAUAGCGAACUUAAUCCGUGCAAGAGGGCUGGUCAUUAUGCGAAAUGUUCGCUAUGCGAAUUAAUUUUCCCCAUAAGAAAUAAUGGAAAUAAAAUUAAUCCGUGCAAGACACCCAAAAGUAUGAAAAAAAAUUUUUUUUACCACAAAAAAAUGUUAAUUUUAGUACACACAAACUGAAAAAGGCAUGCACAAUUACAUGACACUUACUUUUAUUGAAGAUCUGGUGAUGAUUGAUGGGAUGGGAGGAGGGGAGAGAGAGUGUUAGUGUUUAGAAGGGGAAUCCCCUUCCAUUAGGACUUGAGGUAGCAAGUCCUUUUCCGGGGUUACUUCCCUUCUUCUUUUAAUGCCACUAGGACCAGCUUCAGAGUCACUGGACCUCUGUCGCACAACAAAUCUGUCCAUAGAGCUCUGUACCUCCCGUUCCUUUACGAUUUGUCUAAAAUGGGCCAUAACAUUGUCAUUGAAAUAGUCACCAGCACGGCUUGCAACAGCUGUGUCAGGGUGAUUUUCAUCCAUAAAGGUUUGCAGUUCAACCCACUGUGCACACAUUUCCUUAAUUUUUGAAGUAGGCACAAUGGAUUCCACAACUGGCAUAGGCUUCUCAGGGUUAGCCCCAAACCCUUCAAAAUCUUUCUUAAUUUCCAUACUAAUUCUCACCCUUUUUACCACAGGGUUGGCACUAGAAGCUUUCUUGGGGCCCAUGGUCACUUAUUUUCCAGAAACAGCACCGAAAACACUGUAAUAAUACGAAAUAUUCCGAGUGUAUGCUUGAAUGUUACCGCGGAGGCUGGCUGGUAAACAAUGGGACGGGCGGCACAUGUGAGGCUGGCUGAGGCCGCACAUUGGACGCGUCUCGGACGAAGGUCGCUGAGCGGGUUUUUGUCCACUAUGCGGGGCAAAAUUUUGGCGAACAAAGCGUUCGCUAUGCGGAUUGUUCGCUAUGCAAGGCGUUCGCUAUGCGGGGGUCCACUGUAUUACUGUAUCAGAAUUUCAACCUCAGGUAUUUGGAAGGAAGUGUUGUGUGUUUCCAUGUAUGGGAAUGCUUGUUUAAGUUGUAAGGUAAAGGUGCCAUGUUUUAGUAGUAUGCUCAUUUAUAUUGUUAAACAAAUGCACCUCUAUGUAUAUCAAGUGAGGAUGUGUGACAAAGUAACUUUUCUGAAUUUUUCUUCUGUCAUUUCACAGAAAUUAAAAGGUUGAGUGAAACAGGUAAUAUAUUAGAAAUGGAUGAAAUUUUUUUACUAGUCUUGACUAGGGGUAAAAAUGGUCAGGAUUCCACUGGUUUACUCCAGAACCUGGCCAAAUAUACUUUCAAAAAUUUUCUUGUCUUCAGAAGAACUCUGGAAGAUAGAUCAUGGAUUUUCACAUUACAUUACGUAAUACAUAUUCAGUAGUAUUAUGAUUAUACAUUUGUUGAAUGCAGUACUGCAUAUAUAUAAAAAGCAAUUCUCCAUUAGUAGUGCAUAUUCUGUAUUAUAAUUGCCAAACAUCAGCCUUAACAUUUCAUACAGAUGCAGAUGCAGCUCACUCAAAGGCAUGUACACUGAAAGGUGCAUACGUAUACUGGUAUGUAGAGAAUAUGCUGUACUGUAAUUCUUGUUUUAGGGAUUGAAGUAUACUUGAUUGGUGAUAUGCAGCCUUGAUUACCCUUAUGUCAUCAAUAGGCUGUAAACUACCUAUCUUCUUCUCAGUAUUAUAUACCAUUAUCAUAUUGAUAUUUAAUGUCAGUAAACCAACCAACCAUUUAAAAGUACUACACUGGCCUAGAUCAAAAUGAAGUACAGUGGCAGCUUUUUCAUUAAAGUGCAACAGUUUGUUACUGUAUGUCAUUAGUCCUGUACAAACAACUGUGCUAUUCCCAAGAAUUAAUGUUACAGGGAACCUGUGAGAUGCCCACUCUAGCAGUCACUGAUGACACAGAUAACACAAGACCCCUAGGGUCUUGUUCUCACAAGCAUUCCGAGGAUACAUUUCUUUUCAGAAUUAACUACAGUGAAGAAAAUUCCUAUCGAUAUACACAAACUAGAACAGACUUACAUUACUAUAGAGUCUAUACUGGCUAGAAACCCCCUGAUUUCUCCCAGGCUAAUCUAGGUUCCUGUUGUCUUCUUACUCUCCAAGACACCAUGUGCUCAGGAGAAAUAAUUCCUGCAGGUAGUUUAAAUUGGGCUAGUAUCCCUAGCCUACACCUUGAGGGACCCCUAAAUUCAUUGGCUUAUCCCGAUCUAAUAUUUAUGUACACAAAGGGAUACUAGCUUCUGGUCUAAUAUUCAAGGGGUAAUUCUUUUGCAAUAUUAAUUCUACCUACCUCAGUGUUGGUUGUCUACUUGCAAAUAACCCAUAGAUAAAUUAUCCUGCAUUACCCAAAAUACCAUUGGCCAACUAAAUACUAAGAGGAAAACAGAGAAUUGACUCACUACGGAAGCCUGGGAGGAGACAAAUAUCCACAGUACUUCGGGGAAGCCUUCUCGUUGAUCACCAGGCAGUAUUUUGAAGACAGCGUAGGUCUCUGAGCUCCUCCGAGUUCCUACCCCCCACCACUUUUAGUACCAGAAGGUCGAAUUUGUGCCUUGUGAACCCCCAUCUCACUUUGCUUGUACUAGGAAAUGCUAGCUUUCACAAUACACCAAAUCUCAUUACCUAAUGUUAAUGUCUAAUAUUUUUUACUAACAAUUUAAACCUACCUGGUUGAUCAGGCCCUGAUUCACCAUGAAGCCUGGUCACAGACCGAGCCACAGGGGCGUUGACCCCUGAAACCUUCUCCAGGUAUACUCUAGGUAUACCUGAAUCAUCCUUAAGAUGUAAAUCUAUCAAUAUGCUCACUAGUGUUAUUGUUUGGGUGGAAGGAUGUUAAAAUGAUAAGUUUAGCUCAAACAAAAAAAUUAUUGAUAUUUUUAAAAAUUCAAGUACUAGAGUGAGGUUCAUAACAUAAAUACUAUUAUAAGCCUUUUUAACCCUUUCACUGUUUCUUAUCUAGAUCUUUGUUGUUUAUGCCAGUGUUGCCCAUGUAGAUCUAUGUUUUAAGCACAACGUCCUCAGACAUGCUGUGAGUGAUGAAUUUUGGCCUAGGCAUGGGAGAAUGAGUCUGCACAGUGAAUGUGCACAGUAUAAAAAAAAAUCCUGCCCCAUUCUUUAAAAACAGUGACUUUGAGGUGUUUUCUAGGAUGGUUUUAUUGGAUGUUUCUUGAUAUCAUUUGACAGAAUGGUCAGUUUCAAGACAGAUGUAGCUUGAAAUAGGGCUAAAAGUAGCAGAAAUACAGUACGUAUUCGAUUUUUGAUGAUUUUCUUGAGGAAGGGUAAGGCCCCCUACCUCCCUAGUCUGUUUUAUGGAUUUUCACUAGGUCUGCUUUAAAUGGGAUGUCCUAAACCAUGACAAAUCAUUCCCAGUUAGAUUUUAUGAAAUCCGAGAAAUAGAGUAAAAUUUCUACCUUUUUCAUGUGAUGAUAGAUUCAAAAGGAGGGUAAGUGUUUUAUAGGAGUUUCCUGGAAAUGUGAUUAAUGUACAGAAGAUAGGUUGCUUUAGUUGCUGGAAUGCAUACAGUGUUUAUUUUGGAUUCUGUUUUUAAAUUGGAAUUUGUUGAAUUCUGUGUAAAAUUGGCCAAAUUGCACUCUGUUGGGAAGUUUUGAUAGAUCAGUGGGCAGUUUCUUGUACUUAAUUGAUAGAACAGAAGACAUACUAGCAAAACAGCUAUGAAUUUAGUCAAAUUGAGGAAAGGAGUUGGUUUAAAAUAGGACUCAAAGUGGGCAAAAUUGCUGAUGCAUAAAUUGCACCCAGACUGCCAAAUUUGCACCUGCAUAAUUCUAUAAAUUUUCCAUCAAAUUUCUUUUUUUUUUUGUGCCACUACCUCCAGAGAAAGAUUCUCUGCCAUUUCAAAAGAAAAAAAAUACAUAUUUUUAAAAAAUUACAAAAUUGUCAUCAUUUCUGAUUACAUGGGUGAAAGGAUUGAAGUACAUACUAUACUUUAUUUGCAAGAAAAGGUUUGAUGCAAUGAAAAAAUCAAUCUUCAAUUACAGUACUGCAUAUCAAAUUCUGUAACCUACUCAGUGCUACAUGAGGAAGGUAAAAAAAUGUGCCUUAAUAUAUUUAACAAUCUUGUUAUCUACUUCAGUAAUACAUAUUUCAUUUUAUUCUUGGGGAAGUAUUAAACCUGUAGGAGGUUAUAUAAUGUCUGGGAAAUGGGAGGCUUUCAGGUUUAAUCCAAGGAAGGGGUGAUAAAGUCCCAUUCCUUUCCCUCACUGGCAUCUUAUAUUUUGCUGCCUCUAACAAAUACUGUAUAUUAAUGAUUAAAUCAUAGUGGCCACUUUAGUUGUAACCCACAAAGUGCUUACCUUACUGGCUGAUGUUAUUAUAACAGUAUUUUCAUAAGUUUAGGUCAUACAGUGCUUGGGGAAUGGAAGUUAGUCAGCUUUGAGCCAAGGAAGAGAGGGUAGCUCUAGUUCCAUAGAUCAAGAGACCUUCAUCAGCAUUAAGGUACCCCUAUAGGGUUUCUGGUGGGGAUCUUACUUAUUAGUCUUCCAACUGUAAAUUAAUUCCUUUAGUUUACUAGACAGUAAUUUCAAGUAUUGAACCAUAAGCAAUUACUGACAUAUUUUGUGAUAAUAUUACUUUUAAUUAUAACAACUGUAUAAUCAUAUUACGUACUAUAAUUAUUGUCACAGGGAACAAGAGGUAAUUAUGUUUGAUCCAAGGAAGGGAAGGGUAGCUUUGAUUCUUUGGAUUAAGAUCUCUUUACCAACAUCAAAGCAUCUUCCUUGAAGAACAUGUCUCUAUAAUAACAAUCAAAAUACAUAACAGUAAUUCUGUAAGGAAUGGCUGCCAGUGUACAUCUGCUUCGUCUUAAUUAGUCAAUCUAUGGCUUUUAUUUUUUCAAAAUGGCUGUGAAAAAAAACUUUCAAGAUUAAAAUGUUCAACCAAUAAAGGCAGCUUUGUUUUUCCAAAAGAUUGUAUUUUGCAUAUUUAAUAUUAUUUUUAAUUACUGAAUGUAAUGUUUCCUCAUUCUACAACAAAUGUGGGCAUUCCUAAAGUAUGCAUUAGUUGUACAAGCUUUAUAUGUUAAGAUUAAUAUUAAAUGUGUUUGUUAAAGAUGAAA